AUGGAGCGGCGGCUGAGCGCGCUGGAGCGGCUGGCCCGGGACGAGGCCGGCGGCGGUCCCGGGCUCGACGGCCUCCUGGAUCUACUACUGGCGCUGCACCACGAGCUCAGCAGCGCCCCCCUGCGGCGGGAGCGCCACGUCGCGCAGUUCUUGAGCUGGGCCAGCCCCUUCGUAGCAAAGGUGAAGGCGCUACGGCUGCAGAGAGAUGACUUUGAGAUCUUGAAGGUGAUCGGCCGAGGGGCCUUUGGGGAGGUUGCUGUGGUGAGGCAGAGGGACAGCGGGCAGAUUUUUGCCAUGAAAAUGCUACACAAAUGGGAGAUGCUGAAGCGGGCUGAGACAGCCUGUUUCCGUGAGGAGCGAGAUGUCCUGGUGAAAGGGGACAGUCGUUGGGUAACCGCCCUGCACUAUGCCUUCCAGGAUGAGGAGUGUCUGUACCUGGUGAUGGACUAUUAUGCUGGCGGGGACCUCCUGACGCUGCUGAGCCGCUUUGAGGACCGCCUCCCACCGGAGCUGGCCCAGUUCUACCUGGCUGAGAUGGUAUUGGCCAUUCACUCACUUCAUCAGCUCGGCUAUGUCCACAGGGAUGUCAAACCGGACAACGUCCUGCUGGACAUGAAUGGGCACAUCCGCCUGGCCGACUUUGGCUCCUGCCUGCGUCUUAACAACAGUGGCAUGGUGGACUCGUCGGUGGCAGUAGGGACGCCAGACUACAUCUCUCCUGAGAUCCUGCAGGCCAUGGAAGAGGGCAAGAGUCACUAUGGGCCACAGUGUGACUGGUGGUCACUGGGAGUCUGUGCCUAUGAGCUACUCUUUGGGGAAACACCCUUCUAUGCUGAGUCUCUGGUGGAAACUUAUGGCAAGAUCAUGAACCAUGAGGACCACCUGCAAUUCCCCCCGGACGUGCCCGACGUGCCGGCCUGUGCACAAGACUUGAUCCGCCAGCUGCUGUGCCGUCAGGAGGAGCGUCUGGGCUGCGGUGGGCUGGACGACUUCCGGAACCAUCCCUUCUUUGAAGGUGUGGAUUGGGAACGGCUGGCAACCAGCACUGCUCCCUACAUUCCUGAGCUCCGUGGGCCCAUGGACACCUCAAACUUCGAUGUGGAUGACGACACCCUGAACCACCCAGGCACUCUGCCGCCACCUUCCCAUGGGGCCUUCUCAGGGCACCACCUGCCAUUCGUGGGCUUUACCUAUACCUCAGCCAGGCCUGGUCCUGAGGGCAGCUCGGAGUGGCCAACUGCGCUGGAGGAGGAAAAAACAGAGCUGAGCCGGGAGCCCCACGAGACCCAGUGGACACCUUCAGACCAUCAGGAGCUGGAGCGACUACGGAAGGAAGUGUUAACCCUACGGGAGAGACUGCCAGAGACACUAGGAAAUGACAAGGCCCCCUGGUCCCAGACGGAUGGGCCCCCUGCUGGCAGCCCAGGCCAGGCCAGUGACCUACUGCGGGAGCGAGACCAGCUCUGCCAGGAGCUGACUGAAGCUCAGACAGGGCUUCGGGGGCUGGAAGAGGAGCUGGGCCAAGCCCAGCAACGGCAGGAGGAGCUGCUGCGGAGACUGCAAGAGGCUCAGGAGAGGGAGGCAGCCGCAGCCAGCCAGACCCAGGCCCUGAACUCCCAGCUGGAGGAAGCCUGGGGUGCCCGCAGUGAGCUGGAGGCUCAGGUGGCCACACUGAACCAGGAGGUGACCCGGCUCCAGAGACAGCAGGAGCAGAGUCUGGACAAGGAGUCGGUGCAGGUGAGGCUUGGCCACACAGCCUCCGAGACCAAUGGCACAGGAUCUCCUGGGGGCGGACUGCAGGAGGACCAGCCUCAGAAGGAAGUGGCCGCCCUGUGUGCUCAGCAGGACCAGGGCAACAGCCACGGGUUGAGUGAGAAGGAGGAAGCCUUGUGCCAGCUACAGGAGGAGAACCAGCGGCUGAGCCAGGAGCAACAGCGGCUGGCAGCCGAGCUGGAGCGGGAGCAGCAGAAUAAACAGCGGCUGGAGGGUGAGCGACAGGAGACGGAGAGUAACUGGGAGGCCCAGAUCGCCGACAUCCUCAGCUGGGUGAAUGAUGAGAAGGUUUCAAGGGGCUACCUACAGGCCCUGGCCACCAAGAUGGCCGAGGAACUGGAAUCUUUGCGCAAUGUGGGCACCCAGACGCUCCCUGCCCAGCCGCUGGACCACCAGUGGAAGGCGAGACGGCUGCAGAAGAUGGAGGCCUCGGCCCGGCUGGAGCUGCAGUCAGCACUCGAGGCUGAGAUCCGCGCCAAGCAGGGCCUACAAGAGCAGCUGACCCAGCUGCAGGAGGCUCAGCUGCGGUCUGAGAGCCGUCUGCAGGAGGCUGAGAAACAGAACCAGAGCUUGAGACAGGAACUGGCUGUGCUGCGUGAGGAGCUGCAGACUCGAGGGCCUGCUGACACCAAGUCUUCGAGCUCCCUGAUCCCCUUCCUGUCCUUCUGGAACUCGGAGAAGGACUCUGCCAAGGACUCUGGCAUCUGGGGAGAGGCUCAGAAGCCAGGACUGGAGCCUGAGCUGAGGCCAGAGGGCCGCCGCAGCCUGCGAAUGGGGGCUGUGUUCCCCAGGAUACCUGCUGCUGCCCCCACAGCCGCUGCCGACAGCCCCCCUGUUAAGCCCGGCUCACACAUGCUACGCCCUCGGACCUUCCCCUCCCCCACCAAGUGUCUCCGCUGCACCUCGCUGAUGCUGGGCCUGGGCCGUCAGGGCCUGGGCUGUGAUGCCUGCGGCUACUUCUGCCACUCCACAUGCGCCCCACAAGCCCCGCCCUGCCCUGUGCCCCCUGACCUCCUCCGCACGGCCCUGGGAGUGCACCCCGAGACCGGCACAGGCACCGCCUAUGAGGGCUUCCUGUCGGUACCCCGACCCUCUGGCGUCCGCCGAGGCUGGCAGCGGGUUUUCGCUGCGCUCAGCGACUCACGCCUGCUGCUGUUUGAUGCCCCCGACCAGAGACUUAGCCCAGCUCUCUUCCAGGCACUGGAUCUGAGGGACCCCCAGUUCUCGGCCACUCCCGUCCAGCCCUCUGAUGUUAUCCACGCCCAAUCCAGGGAACUGCCACGCAUCUUUAGGGUGACAGCCUCCCAGCUGGCCGUGCCCCCCACCAUGUGCACUGUGCUGCUGCUGGCGGAGAGCGAGGCUGAACGGGAGCGCUGGCUGCAGGUGCUGGGCGAACUGCAACGGCUGCUACAAGACGUGCGGCCGAGGCCCCGACCUGUAUACACCCUCAAGGAAGCUUAUGACAACGGUCUGCCGCUGCUGCCCAACGUGCUCUGCGCCGCCAUCAUCGACCAGGAACGACUUGCUUUGGGCACUGAGGAAGGGCUGUUUGUGAUCCAUCUACACAGCAACGACAUUUUCCAGGUGGGCGAGUGCCGGCGGGUGCAGCAGCUGGCCGUGAGCCCCACGUCAGGCCUGUUGGUUGUACUGUGUGGCCGCGGCCCCAGCGUGCGCCUCUUUGUCCUUGCUGAGCUGGAGAACGUGGAAGCCACUGGCUCCAAGAUUCCGGAGUCUCGUGGCUGCCAGAUGCUGGCAGCUGGGCGCAUCCUGCAGGCCCGCACACCCGUGCUCUGUAUAGCUGUCAAGCGCCAGGUGCUUUGCUACCAGCUGGGACCCGGCCCAGGGCCCUGGCAUCACCGUAUCCGUGAGCUGCAGGUGCCUACACCUGUGCAGAGCCUAGGGCUGCUGGGUGACCGGCUGUGUGUGGGUGCGGCCGGGACCUUCACCCUCUACCCGCUGCUUAACGAGGCUGCGCCCUUAGCGCUAGGGCCCGGGCUAGGGCCCGAAGACCUGCCGCCAUCCCGCGGGGGCCUGGGUGAGGCACUGGGCGCUGUUGAGCUUAGCCUCAGUGAGUUCCUGCUGCUCUUCACCACUGCUGGUGUCUACGUGGACAGCGCUGGCCGCAAGUCUCGAGGCCCCGAGCUGCUGUGGCCAGCAGCCCCCACGGGCUGGGGUUACGCAGCCCCUUACCUGACAGUGUUCAGUGACAACUCCAUCGAUGUGUUCGACCUGAGGAGAACAGAAUGGGUCCAGACAGUGCCACUCAAGAAGGUCCGACCCCUGAACCCCGAGGGCUCCCUGUUCCUCUUUGGCACCGAGAAGGUCCGCCUGACCUACCUCAGGAACCAGCUGGCAGAGAAGGACGAGUUUGACAUCCCGGACCUCACAGACAACAGCCGGCGCCAGCUCUUCCGCACCAAGAGCAAACGCCGCUUCUUCUUCCGUGUGUCGGAGGAGCAGCGACUGCAGCAACGCAGAGAGAUGCUAAAGGACCCCUUCGUGCGUUCCAAGUUCAUCUCACGGCCAACCAACUUCAACCACCUGGUGCACAUGGGUCCUACGGACGGGAGGUCCAGGGUUCCAGAAGCCAAGGGCCGAGGGGCCCGCAGCUCCGGCCCGCAGCGACCCCACAGCUUCUCGGAGGCCACCCGGCGCCCAGCCUCCAUGGGCAGUGAUGUCCUCACUGGUGAUGUGGACCACAUGAAGAGGAAACCUCGGACAUCACUGUCCAGCGAGUCCGUGUCCUGCCCCCAGGGAUCGCUGAGCCCCGCGGGCUCCCUGCUACAGGUCUCAGAGCGGCCCAGGAGCCUCCCUCCAGCCCCUGAUUCAGAGAGCUGCCCUUGA